AACUAGAGUAUAAGUUCCUGAAUGAUAGAUCCUUUUUACCUCUAUAGCUUGAGUCUUUCUGAGACUCAGAGUAGUACCAUGAAGUAGUAGGUACUCACACUAUUUGAAUUAAAAGUCAGCAUAAAACACAAAUCCACAUGUACCAGAAACAUAAAAGUACACAAUUGGUGAUUAUAUAGUUCAUAGUUUUUGUGGUAUUGGAGUGAGAUAGAAUAUACAGUAAAGAAAAUCUUCUUUAGCAGGAGCCAAGAACAGACUUGCCAUGAGACAGAGUAUUUGAAAUGUUUAAAUUGGAGAAUGUUGUCACCUCUGAGAAUCAAAGGUCUUGCUUAGUAAACUGAUGAGGAGGCCAUCCAGCAGGUUCAAGGCGUGUUGGGAUUGGUUAGCAGAGCAGACAAGUGGCUACAUAACCAAGUCCUCAAGAACAACAGUCUCUAAGAGGAAAGCAAAGGGAGGGAGGGAAGAAUGGGAACAAAGCAAGAAAUAAAAUAGUGAUUGGGGGCAGGGAGAGGUACAGUAAGGAGGGACUAGAAACAAGCCAGAGCAAGCUGAGAGUUUGUCCACAGAGGCAGAAGAGGAAAUUGCCAUAGCACAUUCUCUCCCCAUAUUUAAGGGAGAGGCAACUACUGAGACACAAGCAGUAUUAAAGGAUUCUGUUUUCAAGGUACUAAUUUACUUCCAAAACAUUUUUAGGCAAAGGUGGGACAAUAAAGAAUUCCAGGGCUUCACCUUCAGUUUGUUGGAAUAUUAAGUUUACAAGAAUAGGGUACUCUGGGAUUGCUUGGAGUACUAGUGAGUGUGUCCACACAGACCUCAGGCUUCCCAGUGAAGGGUUUUGUAGCCACCUCAAAUAAGGUCAUGUAGGAUUAAGAAAAUGAAACAUGUUUGCAAACUCAGAAGUCUAAUGGCUGAUUUUCUCCUGGGCUUUUUUUCUUGCUGGUGGUGGUUGCUUUCUGUUCUCUUCCAGCGUUCUAUUGGAAGGGUGCUGUCUUUUGUUUUUGACAGAAUGUUGAUCCAGGUGUGCCUGUAUUUUUACUGUAAGUUUUUAUGGCGCUGUCUGAAAUUUGUAAUGAGGAAGCUGACAGGAAGAUGUGAGCUGCAACGCAUCUGUUACAGUACCAAGCCUGGAGCUUCUAGAACCAUGAAAAUCGAAACAUCACUGAGGGAUUCCAAGAGUAAGCUGUUGCAGACUUCAGUAAGUGUUCACCCUGAUGCUAUUGAAAAAACUAUAGAAGACAUCAUGGAACUGAAAAAAAUCAACCCUGACGUAAAUCCACAGCUGGGAAUCUCUCUUCAGGCUUGUCUUCUGCAAAUUGUUGGGUACAGAAACCUUAUUGCUGAUGUCGAAAAAUUGCGCAGAGAACCCUAUGAUUCUGAGAAUCCCCAACAUGAAGAAAUGCUUUUGAAGUUAUGGAAGUUCCUGAAGCCCAAUACUCCACUGGAAUCUCGGAUUUCUAAGCAAUGGUGUGAAAUUGGUUUCCAAGGUGAUGAUCCUAAAACAGAUUUUCGAGGAAUGGGACUUCUGGGACUGUACAAUUUGCAGUAUUUUGCGGAACGGGAUGCCGCAGCAGCUCAGCAGGUCCUCUCUGAUUCUCUUCAUCCAAAAUUCAGGGAUAUCACUAAAGAGGAAAUAAGCAAAUUCAGCAAAACAGAGUGGGAAAAGAAAAGGAUGGAUAAAGCAAUUGGGUACUCGUUUGCAAUUGUGGGCAUCAAUAUAACUGAUCUGGCAUAUAAUCUACUGAUCAGUGGAACUCUCAAGACCCAUUUCUACAACAUCGCCCCAGAAGCUCCAACAUUAUCCCACUUUCAACAAACUUUCUGCUAUUUGAUGCACGAGUUUCAUAAGUUUUGGAUUGAAGAGGACCCCAUGGAUAUAAUGGAAUUCAAUCGUGUGCGGGAGAAAUUCCGCAAGAGGAUUGUAAAACAGCUGCAGAACCCAGACAUGGCAUUGUGCCCACAUUUUGCUGCCUCGGAAGGUUUAAUCAACAUGUAAUUGCCCAGGCUGGUUUUAAUGGGUGCCCUGGAACACACUGCCUCAUCGUCGUGUUAGUUCUCUGCUUAGGUCCCAGCCCACACGCCGAAUGCACACAGUGAUUGUACGCAUGCCUUUCGAUACAGUGUUCUCAUCUCUUGGUCAUAAUUAUCAGAUCCCCAGAUCCCACCAUUUCUGGAGUAUCAGUCAUCCAGUGACUGCUCAGAUUGUGGCAUUAUGCAGUGUUACAUCUUGCCCUGACACCCAGGUAUAGAGACAGUUUUCUAUUUUUUUAGAUUUUUUUCCUCCUCCUCUCCCCCCAUUCUUCAGCAUUAAAGAAUUGUGAUUUCUCUAGCUGUAUUUUGUAUGUAAGAAAUUUAGCUGAAUCUUGCUCUGUGACAGCCUUUUAAUUUAUUGAUAUGUUUCAUGACUACUGCUGCUAGCUUUUCAAGCCAAGUUCAGGCUUGGAUCUCAUUCCAAAACAAUAUAAGACUUUAAAAUAAUACAGACAGAUACAUGAUAAGCCAAACUGUUCCUGCAAACAUAGCCGUGCUUCACAAAAACGGGAUGAGGCUUUAACAGGCAAACCUCCGCAGAAGAUAUUUUUGUUUCAAUGCCGCAGAAUUACAUUGUAACUCGC